AUGGAAAACCGAAGUUCUAGUAGUUCGAGCCGACCAAGAUCCCACCAGGGUCAAAGGCAAAGAGAUGCUCUUGGCAGGCUUCACGAAGGGUCUCAAUAUGUCAAGAUGUCAGGAAGUGGGGUGUGCUCUGAGGUUCCCAUGGGCCGCAGCGGCUACAACCGAACUCGCGAUCGCAAUGAUCGCAAUGCCACGACCAAAGGAAGGUCUGGUUACAAUUAG